GAGUAGACUAUUAACAAUAGUUAUUUGAUAUUGAACCUGCUAUAUAAUAAUGUCUGAUUCUGAAACAAUGUCUGCUGCAAAAUCUGCUGCCCAUAUUCUGAAGAGAGUGUUGAUGGUUCCACCAAAGCAUUUCACAGUCGAAUACACAAUCAAUCCAUGGAUGGGAGGAGUUGUUGACAAGCAAAAAGCUCAUCAGCAAUGGAAUUCUUUGAAAUCUGCAAUCGAAAACGCUGGUGUUCCAGUUUUGACAAUGGAGCAAACAGAGGGUCUUCCAGAUCAAGUUUUCGUUUGUAAUAGUGGAUUGGUCUAUGAUGAUCAGGUUUACUUGUCCAGAUUCAGGCAUAAGGAAAGAAGCGGUGAGCAACCACUCUACUUGGAAUGGUUCAAGAAGAACAAUAUCAAAACUAUUGGGGAAGGAUAUGAAGAGAUCUUCGAAGGCGGAGGAGAUGCUGUAUUUUCUGACCGUAAAACUCUUUGGGCUGGUUAUGGAGAGCGUAGUUCAAAGUCUGUCUACGAGAAAAUCAAGGCACUCGGGACUUUUGAUAUUGUUCUCUGUGAUAUGAUUCUUCCAAACUUUUAUCACUUGGACACUUGUUUUGCUCCAGUUGAUGAGACCAGCGCCCUCUACUACCCACCUGCAUUCUCUGAGGCAACCAAUAAGGAGAUCCUCCGUCGUCUUCCAAACUCGAUUGCUGUCUCCGAAGCUGAAGCAAAUGCUUUCGUGUGCAACGCCAUCACUAUUCGUGAUACCGUAAUCUCCCCAAUCGGUGUCUCUCAAGCAACCAAGGAUUAUCUGUCGGCUCGUGGAAAACGUGUCGAAGAAGUUGAUAUGAGUGAAUUUAUGAAAAGUGGUGGAGCUUGUCAGUGCUUGGUGCUCAGAUUGCUCUAAUUGUGAUAGGAUGAAUUGAUGGCUGGAUAUUUGAAUUUUUAUAGUGAAUCUUUGAUGAAGUUUUGAAUAAAUAAAGCGUUUACUGG